AGAGUGAGUAAGCAGUGAGGGCUGGAGGGAAGGAGAUCAGAGAGAAAAAAAGAAGGAAAGAGGAACUAAGGAAAAGACAGAUGCUAUAGCUGGUCUUUUUGCCUACUGACGCCUGAGCUGGGCUCAUCUCUGCGUGUGUGUGACGUGCAUGGGGGUAUGUGUGUGUGCUUGUGACGGCAGCCGCGGCGGGAGCAGCAGCAGCAGCAGCAGCAGGGGAGGACGGAUCAAAGAGAUUGUAGGACACGAUGCAUUUAGCUGCCUAACGUCUCUGCGCACACACCCCAACUGGCUAAACGAGAAAACAUUCAUACUACGCGCAUCCGUACGCAGCCCACCCCACACACACACCACGCGUGUGUGGGGACAGCACAGAUGAGGCAACCACCAAAGGGAGGUGUGGAUCUUUCCAGAAGCGUUUGGUAGGGGGAGAGGACAGCCUCGGUGGCCGUAGCCCAGCAGGAGUGGUCAUAGGUGGGGAAGGGUCAAACCACCGACCACUACCUUCAGUUUUCUUCAGAGCUCUAGAAACGCCAAAGAUGGACACGUCCUUCAUCUUUUUCUUCCUCACACCAGUGUGUGUUUCCUCCAUGCUGCGUUGCUGUCGCCGGGCUUGUCUCUCAGCCGCAGGGGGAUUCGAUAUCGUGCGGUGUUGAGAAACGCACACACAGAACACACCUGGAGAUCAGCUGUUCCGGGAGAGAAGAUUCACUGAUACCGCAGUCUCUCUGCUGUGCUGAAGGAUGGAUUCAGGGGAGGACGAGUGCACACAUUUCCUGCAGUAUGUGGAGGACAGCGGUCUGAGGGCGUAUGACGAGCUGGUUAUCCAGAAUGCCUCUGACAUCGCCCGAGAGAGCGACCGCGUCCGUAACCAGGCACAGUGGACAUACCUACAGGAGAAAAACCAGAAGAAGAGACGUCAGGAGGAAGCUAUCAAGAGGAUUGGCGAGGAUGUGGCCCGUGUGACGGAGGGAGGGGGAUACGCAGGCAAACACUUUCGUAUGGGCUUCAUGACUAUGCCAGCCCCUCAGGACCGUGGUCCUCCUCCCUGCGGGCCGGGCUUCACCGUCCGCUCACAGUCUCUGCACUCAGUGGGAGGGGGAGAAGAAGAGGGGAGUCCCACCUCGAGAAAACAGCCCCCGCCCAAACCCAGACGAGAUCCCAACACCAAACUCAGCACCUCCUCUGAGACCGUCAACACUGGGCUCAGCACAGGGAAGAGCGGGAAGGAAACAGACAAAUGUGACGCAUCUAAAUCCCGCCCCUGCAGUGAGGAGUACCGCCGCAUGCCUCCACCCAAACCCAAACGUAACCCCAACACCCAACUCAGCACAUCCUUUGACGAGUCUUACAUCCAAAACCAUGGCAGCAAGACUAAGUCCGCCUCUCUGCCGCGGCAACACAAAAAGAAGUCUGCAUCACAAAAUCAAAGCCCCGCCCCUGACACCGACGAUGAGACGGAGCCUGUUUAUAUAGAGAUGGUGGGGAACAUCUUACGAGACUUCAGUCGAAUUGCCGGCGCUAAUGGUGAUGAAGAGGAUGACCAAGGUGAAAGUGUGUACGAGGAGAUGAAAUAUCCUGCCUUCGAUGAUUUACCUUCAUCUUUAGACCAUGCUCAGUCGCGAUGGGAGCAGUGUCCCACUACUAUGGUGCCAGAAGUCGAACUUACACGACCCACCACUCCACGUGGUUCGCUGUGUGACAUUCCCUCCCCAUUCCCGAAUCUGCUUUCCCAUCGGCCUCCUCUACUAGUAUUCCCACCUGCACCAGCCCAAUGUUCCCCCAACUCUGACGAAUCCCCUCUUACUCCAUUGGAUGUCACCAAACUGCCCAUGUUGGAGAAGGUCGGGUAUGGGAAACCUGGUGCAUCCCCAACUAGCGCCGACCCUGGACCACAACUGGAGCCACAGCAGGUGUCUGGUAAACACCACCACCAUCAUCAUCAUCAUCAUCAUCAUAAGAAGAAAUCAGCAGAGACUAAGGAGCAACAAACAAUCACAGCAUCAGGACGGUCCUCUGCUCCACCCCUGCCAUCUGCGCUGUAUAAAAGCGGUGGGUCAUCUGCCGCGCAUGGCUACCCAAGGAGCCACUCCGCCUGCCCGUCCCCUGUCAGUAUGGGUCGUGCAUUAACGCCACUCACCCUGAAGCGCCCCCCGCCGUAUGACGCUCUCAUGACCGGGACGAUUCCUCGCAGUGCAUCUGGAUUUCAGCAUGGAUCACGUGAGAGCGGGCGGCUCUCGAAUUCCUCCAGUGUGCACGGAGGGUCCAUGCAAAACGUCUCCACUGCGUCAGGCUCAAGCUCAGGGUCGGGAGGUCGAGGCAGUCGUACGCCAACCAGUCCUUUGGAUGAGCUCAGCAACUUGUUCUCUUCCGGACGUAACAUGUUGAAGAAAGGUUCUGGAAGCCGCAAGAGUAAGGAGUCAGCGGAUGGUGAAAGUAAAGGGAGAAGUGACAGCAGGGACAGAGCCCUUCGUAGCUCUUCUCCAAAAUCACAGGAUUGGGAAACGCCCACAGGACAAUCAGCCACGCCCACAGCCACGCCCAGUCGGCUUGGCCGCUCCUCCAUCAGCCCGACCACCAUGCUCGGAGAAACAAAAGCGGGGUGUAAACUCGGACGCUCUGCAUCCACAUCAGGAGUCCCGUCCCCUGUGGGAACGCCCCAAAGACAUGCCUCUGACACCUCCGCCCAUCCGUGCGGGACCCCGUUCCAGAUGCCCCCAAUGCCCUGGGCAUGUGGGGACAGCACCAUGAUGGAGAUGAUCGAGAAGAAACGUCACCUGUGCAAGGAGAUAAAAGCCAGACAGAGACCUUCAGACAAAGCCUUGUGCAAACAGGACAGCAUGCCCAUCCUGCCCAGCUGGAAGAAGACCAAUGGGGGCAAGAAAUAUGGGCCCCCUCCGUACUCCACCCAAACCACUGUCUUCUGGGACACUGCUAUAUAAAGAGUGACCAGUGAACUACAGCCAUGGAGACUGAAGGGGGUGUGUCCAAAUACUGAUUGACAGCUAACAGGAAGCAGGACUGAGUGAAAUGCACAGUGAUGGAUUCUCGAAACUCCCUGGUUUCCUAUCGCUGUUAAUAUUUGAUAUUUUUAUAUUGGAGAUAAUGGUCUUAAUAUAAAAUAUGAUUAGCGGUUUUAUAAAGAGGAACUCUCGAAAAGAGAUCUUUCAGUGAAAACAGUACACAGUACACUCGAAAUGGUAUUUCUAUUUAUUUUAUAUCUUUUUUUGGGGUGUUUCUAUAUUUGGCACUCAUCUGUGUGUCUGGGGAAAUAAUCUAUAAUGUGUGGUGAAAUAUGUGCAGUAAUUCCAUUGAGAAAACACAUUGUUUUUGAUGCCUAUGCAUUUGGUUUCAUGGCAUGGACCGCUUUUGUUCAUUGUCUGUUUUUCAUAUGGAGAGUUUAUUUGGAAAUGCUAUAUUUUUUGGUGUUUGUAUUUUUAAAUGUUGGAUCGUGAGGUGUCAGGUUGUCGUUCCUUUGACUUCUGGGUUGGACUUGAAGGCGAUCGGCUUGAUUUUGAGAUAUCAGGUCAGACUGGAUUAUGAGAUAACUGGGUUAUUAAAGUAAAGCUCGGGCAGUUGGUCAGAUAUUGAGCGUACGGUCAGAUAAACCGCAAGGGCACUUUCUGUUUUGCAAGGUCAGCUGGUGCAUUCAAUUUGUGAGCACUGUAAACUCACAAACACACACUAAUAUCAGCUGCUUGAUCGCCUAACAUUUGGUGCUUUUCAACUACUUUAUUGAAUGUUCAACCUUAAUAGCUACAUGACAGUCAUACGCAUAAUACAACUGGUACAAAAUUUGCAAUGGCAGUUCAGAAGGAUUGCACAUGGUCAGGGAUUGGAUGAUGAAAAUUCAUAAAUCUUGUCCUCUGCCAUGUCAGAUAGUAUCUUGAAUACAGACACCAUCCUUUUAUGAAGCACUAUGCAGACAUACUGUCAGUUUACAUGCUCAUAUAUCACUUCGACAUGAGUCAAGGGCAGGCAAUAUCAUACUGAAAAGGCUCAGAAAAAAAGACCAGGCCAUCAUUUACUCUGAUCAGAUGCUGUUCAUCAAGGCUCCAUCCAUAGCUUUACCAUGCACUCAAAGAGCCAUGCUGGUGCAUUCAAGCACAUCUGACUAUAUGUGAACUAGUUAUCAUAUGAGUUUGCGCACUAGCAAGUCAAGCACCGUUUUAACAUGGCAGGAGAUUAAAUGCCUUUCUCUGUGUAUGUCUGGAAUCAGAUCAAACAAUUUGGGGCAAGAAACAUACUAAAUGCAAGUACACAAACAAAUGCGUUGCUAACACUGGAAGUGAUUGGUUUCUUAAAGGGGUAGCUCACCCAAAAAUGAAAAUUCUGUCAUCAUUUAGUAACCCUUAAGUUGUUCCAAACCUAUAUGAGUUUCUUUCAUCUGCUGAGCACUAAAGAUGAUAUUUUGAAGAAUGUUGGUAACCAAACAGUUGAAGGUAACCACUGACUUCCACAGUAUGGAAAACAAAUAGUCAAUGGCUAUCGUCAACUGUUUGGAGGCUGAGUAAAUUAUGUCAGAAUUGUUGGGUGAACUAUCCCUUUAAGUGUGGCAGUAACAAAUCUCAGUAUUUAAGAAGGCAACAAACCCUUGUGAAAAAUAAAUAGAAAAUGUGUUUGAAAUACAAUAACUAAACAUAACUUUUUUACUAGGGGAGAGCUGCAGGAAUUGGCCCUAAACAUAAGAUUUUUGAAUUUCAAUUGUUUUUUUAAUGGGUUUUUGGCUAAAUGCCUGAAAUACGGUCUGCGAUUAACACAAGCUCAAGAGUUUUGUACUAAAACAUAAAAUACAGUUAUUCCCCACUAGUGAUUAUUUUUUAAAGAUUUUACGUGUCUUGAAUAAGGUGAUUGCUAACAAAUUGCUAGCAGGAAAACUCACCUACUCACUUGUCCGUUUCUACAGCCUUGUUGUGUUUUAAACUCUUGCA